AACGAGUGAUGAACGACAUAAACGUUUAAUUAAUAAUAAAUAAUUAUUACGAUCUAUUGAGUAUUAACUGAAUGGUAUUAUUAUUCAUUACUAUUGUUUGUUGUUAACUGUACCUUUUAUUUACGUGACAAACUGACAUUUUAUCGUUACUGUUGUCAUGACUCGAUAGUUAUCGAUGGAAAAAUCCGACCAUGAGACUUUGGCCACUGUCACUUCGGUGACACCGGCACUGUCGGCCUCGGCAGAUGUGAAAGUGAACGAACCCCGCAAAAACAAGCAAAAGCUGUACAAGCGGCAUUUUUUGGCUCUCUUGGAACGAUGCGAAUUUAUACAGCAGGACAACGAACGUCUAGUGCACAGGAUACAUCAAGUCACAAAACAAUUAAGACGGAUCCGGUUGGAACGAAAGUUUAUUAUGGAUCGAUUGGAUACGCAUAAAGACAACUGGAGAGAAGCUGAUUUGAAAAUAGAUCUAGGAACUGAUUUACCUUUACCCGAAACAGUUAAUUUAAAAAAUCAAGGAACAGUAGAAACACCAAAUGGAAAAAAGAAUUUGAACAUGAAAUCUACUGAGAAGAAAGAUCCUAAUUUACCCAAAAGACCAGCAAAUCCAUUCUUUAGGUUUUGUCAAGAACAAAGGCCAAUUGUACUUGAUCAAAUCAUUAUGUCAGGUGAAGGAGAACCUACAAAACAAGACCUUACAAAACGACUAGCAAUAACUUGGAAUACUAUGGAACAUAAUGAUAAAAAAGUUUAUUAUGAUAUGUACGAGAAAUCUAAAGAAAAAUAUGCUGCAGAUAUGGAAGAAUACACAUUUAAUAAAUCUAUAAAUGCAGUUCAAACAUCUAAUUUCUCAUCUCGAUAAGUUUUAUUAUGUAUUAUUUAAAUUGUAAGUUCAAAUGUCUAUGUUUGUAUGUCCAAUGUAUUAUUAACGAACAAUUUAUACAAGAAUGUAUUAUU